AUGCGAAUCAUACAAGAGCAUCCCGAAGGAAAGAGAGGGAAUAAUUGCUCUUUGGCUGAGAAAACAUUCCAGUGUGAAUCCACCCUUCAUCCCCCUUGCAAAAUCCAAGGAGGAGAGAAAGCAUUCAAGUGCUGGGAGUGUGGAAAGAACUUUGCUAACAGUCUCAGCCUUAAGGUGCAUCAGAAAUCCCACGUAGCAGAGAAGCUCUAUAAAUGCUCAGACUGUAGCAACAGUUUUUCUAACCAGUUGAGUCUUACUGAGCAUCAGCAAAUUCACACAGGGGAGAAGCCACUUGAACCACUGGAAUGUGGAAAGCAUUCCAGUUACAGGGAAAAGCUUGCCAAAUAUCAAUUCAUUCACUCAACCCAGAAACUAUAUAAAACUGAGGAAGAAGGAAAGUGCUUCAGACAGCACAAGCAACUUGCAUCACAACCAAGCAGCUGCACAGGGAAAAAACCAUAUAAAUGUACGGAAUGUGGAAAGGACUUCAGAUGCAGCAGUUCACUGUCUCUACAUCACAGAAUCCACACAGGAGAGAAACCAUAUAAAUGCCUGGAGUGCGGAAAGAGUUUUAGACACAGCAAUGGCCUUGCUUCCCAUCGAAGACUCCACUCAGGGGAGAAACCAUAUAAAUGCCUGGAGUGUGGAAAGAGCUUUACUCAGAGAUGUAGCUUAACCUUUCAUCAAAGAAUCCACACGGGGGAGAAACCAUAUAAGUGCUUGGAAUGUGGGAAAAGUUUCAAUCAUAAUUCACACUUUGCUUCACAUCGAAGGAUCCACACAGGUGAGAAACCGUAUAAAUGUGCCGAGUGUGGAAAGGGCUUCAGCCAGAGCUCACAUCGCAAUAUACAUCAAAAACGGCAUAAAGAGGAGAAACCAUAUGAAUGCUCGGAGUGUGGAAGGAGCUUCACAUUGAGCGAGUACUUAACCAACCAUCAGAGAAUACACACUGAGGAGAAGCCACACAAAUGCUCAGAGUGUGGAAGGACCUUCAGACACAGCAUGAGUCUAAAGGCACAUGAAAGAAUCCACACAGGAGAGAAGCCAUAUAAAUGCCUAGAGUGUGGAAAGAGCUUCAGGCAGGCCUCACACCUUAGUCAACACCGAAGAAUUCACACAGGGGAGAAGCCUUAUACCUGCUUGGAAUGUGGGAAGAGCUUCCGUGUGAGUUCAGGCCUUGCAAGUCAUCAAAGAACCCAUACAGGAGAGAAACCUUAUCAGUGCUUGGAGUGUCAAAAAUGCAUUGGAUGCGGGGCAGGAGGGGAAGGGGGGGCUGGCCGGCGAAGGGCCCGGGCUGUUUCCCAGGCCGAGAGGAACCGGCUGCAAAUGUCAGCUGCCCCUUCCUGGAUCCGAGUGAGCACCUUGCAGCAAAUGGGGCGCCACAGGCUGAAGAACAGCAUCCCAUGUAACGUCCUCUGUGCCAAAAUGAAAAGAGCAACCAUGAAGCCAGCUCAGUCCCUGGUUUCGUUUGAGGACGUAGUGGUACAUUUUACAGUGGAGGAAUGGGCUUUGCUGAAUCUGGACCAAAGGGCUCUGUACAAGGAUGUCAUGCUGGAGAAUUACGAAAACGUGACCUCUCUAGUAUAG